AUGGAAGAGGUGUAUAUGACACUACCACCAGGUUAUGAGGGUAAUCUCUCUUCUAAUAUUGUUUGUAAAUUUAAAAAGUCUCUCUAUGGAAAAUCUACAAGUAAACCAGCUACUACACCGAUUGAUCUGAAUCACAAAUUUUGUAUGGAGGGAGAAGUUAUAGUUGAUCGUGAGAUGUAUCAAAGGCUUAUUGGUCAUUUACUCUAUUUAACACAUAGUCGACUAGACAUCUCAUAUGGAGUGAGUAUCUUGAGUCAAUGUACACAUCAGUCGAAAGAGACCCAUUUAUAUGCAGCAUAUAGAGUGCUAUUACUUAAAGGGCACACCCGGCAAAGGAGUCCUAUUUAAACACAGUGAGGAGGUAAAUAUCGAAAUGUUUAUAGAUGUUGAUUAUGUUGGGUCAAUGAUUGACCAGAAAUCAACUUCUGGUCAUCUCACAUUUAUUGAUGGUAAUCUUGUUACUUGGAGAAGUAAAAAACAGAACGUGGUAGCCCAUUCAAGUGCUAAAGUAGAACUCAGAGCAUUUGCUCAAGGGGUCUGUGAACGGCUAUGAGUGAGAAAUUUAUUUGAUGACUACAUAUUCCUCUAUCAGGCCCUAUGAAGAUUUAUCGUGAUAAUAAGUCAGUAAUCAAUGUGGUACAUAAUCCAAUACAACAUGAUCGUACCAAACAUGUGGAGAUUGAUCAGCAUUUAAUCAAAGAAAAGCUUGAGACAAAUGUGAUUUGUAUACCAUACAUUUCAACCAAAAAUCAGUUAGCAGUUAUGGUCACCAAAGGCGUCUCAGGCACAUAG